AUGGGUUGUGUUUGUAAUAGUAAUACUUCCAAGACAUCAAUUUAAAGCACUUAACUAUCGAUCAAUAUAGCUGAACAAUAUAAAAAUAACAAGAAUAUUAAAACGUAAGGUAGUUUAGAGGACUUCUCCUAAUCUCUUUGUAAUAUCGGAUAAGAAAUUACAAGUUUGGGUUAAUUGAGACCUGAAGUUUAGGAGCAAAUAAAUGAAUUGGGAACUUUUAAAGCUAUAGAAUAGAUGGACACGAAUACUUCUAACUACUCAUAUCUUUUAUGUUCUGAUGGUUCUAUAUUUUAUGGUUCAGUGAUAAAUGGGAUUCGAAAUGGAGUAGGAAAAUAACAUUGGUUGACUGAAGGAAAUUAUUUGGAAAGCUUUUGGUAGAAUGACAAGGCUAAUGGACCUGCACGGAUGAUCUACUCAAAUGGAGAUGUUUUUGAAGGUCAUCUAAUUGAUAAUAAAGCGAAUGGAUUCGGAGUUUUUAAAAAUAAAAAAAAAGAGGUUAGAGGGUAUUGGAGUGAUAACAGACUCUCAGGUAAUGGAAUUGAAACGAGAAAAAAUGGAAUUAAAUAUGAAGGUUAAUUUAAAGCUGGAAUAAUUGAUGGGAGAGGUUAGUUUACGUUUCCAGACGGCAGAAGAUAUUGUGGAUAAGUACAAUAAGGACUGAUGCAUGGAUAAGGUUUGAUGACCUGGCCAGAUUUUAGUUAUUUCAAAGGGGAAUUCAGAAAUAAUCAUUUCAAAGGCUAUGGGUGUUACACUGACAUCGAUUCUUAGACGUAUUUCGGAUAUUUUUUUUCGGUUUACCAUCAAGACAUUAAAUAGAUGGAGAUUUUCUAUAGCAAAGAUCAUAAUAUAUAGGAAUGCAACAGGCUGAAAAAAUUUAAGAAACUUUAUGGGGGAGAUCAUUAAUGAAUCACUUUAUUUUAUGUUGUUUUUAAUCAGAAUAUUUUACUAGUAAAA